GUGGGCAGACGUCACACCAUGGAGCUGGCUGGUGCAGUCACCCUCUUCUUGAUCGCCUACCUUUCAUGCCUUGCCCUGCUAUUUGCCAGGAGAAAGGCUUCUCCCGGGGGCAGGCUGCCUCCUGGCCCCACUCCUCUGCCUCUGAUUGGGAACUUCCUGCAGAUCAAGGCAUCCAAGACCAUGCAGUCCCUCCUCAAGUUGCGGGAGAAAUAUGGCCCCGUGUUCACGGUCUACUUUGGAAACCGCCCAGUUGUGGUCUUAUGUGGCCACGAUGCAGUGAAGGAGGCCCUGAUUGACAAGGCCGAAGAAUUUGCCGGGAGGAAAACCAAUGCUACCCUGGAAAGGACCUUCCAAGGACACGGGGUGGUUUUUGCCGAUGGGGAGCGCUGGAAGCAGUUGCGCCGGUUCUCCCUGACCAUCCUGAGGAAUUUUGGAAUGGGGAAAAAAUCCAUCGAGGAGCGGAUUCAAGAGGAGACCCAGUUCCUGCUGGAGGAAUUUCAGAAGACCCAAGAGAAGCCCUUCAGCCCCAUCUUCUUCCUCAGCUGUGCUGUGUCCAAUGUCAUCUGUUCGAUCGUCUUUGGCAAUCGCUUUGACUACAGAGACAAGGAAUUCCUGGAUCUCAUGAAGAUGAUGAACGACAGCUUUCGGGAAAUGAGCACAGGCUGGUCUCAGAUCUACGACAUGUACGCCAACCUCCUGAAAUACUUUCCGGGGCCACACACCAAGAUCUAUGACAUUCUGGAAGACAUGAGGCUGUUCAUUGCCAAGAGGGUGAUGAAGAACAAAGAGACCCUGGACCCCAACUCCCCUCGGGAUUACAUUGAUUGCUUUCUCAUCCAGAUGGAGAAGGAAAAAGACAACCCAGCCAGCGAAUUCAACCUGAAGAACCUGGAGCUCACCACCCUAAAUUUGUUUUUUGCUGGGACAGAGACUGUCAGCUCCACCCUGAGAUAUGGAUUUCUGUUGCUGAUGAAGUUCCCCGAAGUGCAAGCAAAGAUGCAUGAAGAAAUUGAUCGUGUGAUUGGCCAGAACCGUAUCCCAAACAUUGAAGACCGCAACCACAUGCCCUACAUGGAUGCGGUCAUCCACGAAGUGCAGAGGUUCAGCGACCUCAUCCCCAUGAAUGUGCCCCACGCGGUCACCCGUGACACCGAAUUCAGAGGCUACAUCAUCCCUAAGGGGACAGAAAUCUACCCACUCCUCAGCACGGUCCUGCACGACAGCGCCAAGUUUAAGAGCCCCUAUGGUUUCAACCCCGAGAAUUUCCUGGAUGAGAACGGGCGCCUGAAGAAGCACGACGCCUUCGUCCCCUUCUCCUCAGGGAAGCGCAUCUGUCUGGGGGAAGCCCUGGCCCGGAUGGAGCUCUUCCUCUUCUUUACCACCAUCCUGCAGAGGUUCCGGCUGAAGCCCACCGUGGACCCCCAGGACAUUGACCUGUCGCCCCAAGAGUUCGGCUUUGCCACCAUCCCGCCCUUGUACGAGCUCUCGGUCGUCCCCCGCUGAAAGGAUGGAGGUGGACCAGGAGAGCGAGCGUGCUCCCGGCCCGCCUUCUCGUCACUUUUGUACUUUUGCACAAGCUGGACUUUCGGGGGGAAGAGGUGUGCCAUUUCUCAGAGGGGCUGAGAUCUCUGAGGGGCUGGGCAAAGAUUUUAAAAUAUAAAGCUUUGCAACGAUGCGUAUAACAUUAA